AUGGAUAAUUAGUAAAGCAUAAAAACAUAAUUAAAAUAAACUAGGCCAUUAAAUACAAAUAAUAGAGCUCCAUCUGCUAAAAUAAUUAGACAUGAAAUGGCAAUAGAAAAAUAUAAAAUAUAUGAAACCCAAAAGCUCAACGAUAAAAAAAUAAAUGAAAUGAUGCGUGGAGUAAAAUAAGUAGAGUUUGUAUAAAAACCAGGAGAAUUUUUUGUAUUAUCUUCUCAACAAAACAGUCGCCCUAAAAUCUCAACUCAAUAAACUCAGCAAAGCAUAAACUCUUCAAAAAUAUUUGGAACUAUACUUGAUAGUGCUACUAAAAUAUAUGAGAAUUCAUAAAGUUAAAUAAGAUCGAUGAGCACUACUAGGUAAAGAAUAAUAAGCACUUCGUCAAUUCAUAAUUAGAGUAAACAAUCUCCAGCAUUCUUUAAUAACUCAAAUAAUAAACUUAAGCCUCCUUUAAAUAUUUAAAAUCAAUAAGCUAUAGAAUAAAAUAAUUUAUAAAAGAUGGCAAACACAUUCCACAUAAAUAACAGCAAUAAUAAAUUAUAAAAUAAUUUUGGAUAAGAAGAAUAAUCUCCUCUUCCCUCGAUUUAAUAUACUGAACAAGAGAGUCAAAGGGAAAAUAAAACUAUACUUAGACCAAGGAGAUCUUAAUCUUUGAAUAAAUUUAACUAAACAAGCACUCAAUUUAAUAACGACUAUAGCUUUUAAAUGCCCUAAAAUAAUAAUGAUGCAACUAUACAAAAUCAAACUCAAAAUAAUUUUUAUUAGGAAGAAAGUCCUUUUGAUAACCGUAAUUAAGAAACUAACGAGUUUAACUAAUCGAGAACCUAGUCUUCUAUGCAAGUAAAGAAGCCUAAGCUAACCUAAAAUUUAAAAAUAAUCCUUUCUAAGUAAGAUACCUAAAUGCUAAUUAACAGUACAAAACUAAUUUCUGAAAUAGUCCAAGAUAAUUUAAAUAUAAAUGAAAAAAUCUAAGAAAAUACAAACAGAAUGAAUAGCACAAUGACUGCCUUUAAAAAAACAUCUUAAUCCUUUGUAAAUUUGCAGAAGUAAUUAAAUGAAAAAUCAGCAGCAAGUUCUUUUUUGAUGUAGCAAUUAAAAGAAGAGAACACUAAUAACGUUAACAAGUCUUAAAUUAUGAAAGAUGCUAAGGGCAAUGAUAAGAAAGAUAAUGUUAAAAAAAAUUUAAGAUCCCAUAGCUAUCAGAUUUUGCAAAGGACUUAAGUAAAAAAUAAGCAUAUAUCAGGGUAUCAGACUAUAGUAAUAAACCAUAAGCUAGAAGAAAAAAUAAAAGAAGAGGAAAGAAAAUAAAAAGAAGAACUGAAGAAAAAACAAACUAGCAAAAUCAUAGAUUACUCUAAGAUCUCUCCUUACAUCAUAGGAGAUGAAGAGGCUGAGAAAAAAAUUAAUGCUAGAAAUUAAUUAUUUUGUGAAGAAUAAAAAUUAACUAAAUUUGAUAAGAAGGAAAAAAAUUAUUUUUUACCAUUAGAUUACUAUAAUUUAGAUGAAGAAGAUUUAAAUCCUCAUGAACUCUUAAAUAAAUACUAUGAUAGUGAAUCAAACACUAUCCAAGGAUAUUCAAAAUGGUUUUAAAAUGAUGGAAAAUUUGAAUGGUAGCCUUGCACAGUAUUAGGUUACAACGAAGAAUCUUAAAGAUAUGUUAUUAAAUGGAAUAAUGGAAAAGAAAAAUUGGUUUCAAGAGUUAAUCUUAGAUUCAAAGGGGAAAGUUAAGAAUAAUUCGAAAAGAAAUUAGAGAUUGCUAAUAUUUAUAGGGAAAUAAGUGAGUAUUAUAUAAAGUAUAAUUUGAUGAUUGAUACGAUGGAAGAUGAAACCUCUACUUUAUCAGAUGAUAUUAUUGAUAGAGUUAUUAUUUUUGCAACAAAUUAUCCUUUUAAGCUUUCUCAAUAUAGGAAUCCUAUUGAGUUUUAUUAGUUAGAUCCUCUUGUUAAGUUCAACUUUAAAUUUAAAAUGUUUCCUAAAUAAAUUGAUAUACCACCCUAAAAGACGUUAGAAAAUAUUUUAGAUGAAAAGAAAAUUAAACAUAGAAGCUUGUUAGCACUGAAAAAUGAAAUAAUGUAAUUAUUUGUAAGGUCAAACAGAUAAAUAAAAUUUGAUAAUACACUUCCUUUUUCAGAGGAAAAGUAGCAAUAUUUCAAAGGAAUUUUACCUGACUACAUGUUUAUUCCAAUUACAGAAAGAGUGAAAGAUAAUCGUUAUUAUGCUACAUUAGAUGUUGGAUAUUCACAAAAUCACAAUUAUACAAAAUUUCUUAAUUUAUAUUCUAAAAUGUCUUAAACUUGCAUGUACUCCAUUGAUUUUAAGUUAGAGCAGCUUAGAUAUAUUAAUGAUGCCAGACUCUCUUUAGAAUAAAUGAGCUUGAUAGAAACAGAUUUUAAAAAAGAAAUUGAUAUUUCAAAAUUUUAAUUUAUUCAGAGAAAAAAAUGCAAAGAUUUAGUUAAAGAGUUGAACAAUAAAGUGUAUGAUACAAACUUUACUUUAGUAAUGAGAGUCGAGACAGAAACUAGAGAAAUUUAGAAAAGAAACGAACAGCUUUUAAGAACAAAAAUUAACGAGGAAGAAAAGGAAGCUUUGAGAAAUGUAGAAUAUCCAAAAGAAUUCAUAGAAGAUAUAAGGAGAACUUAAUUUUAGUACACUUUGCAAUAUGAAAGAAUUUAUAGAAAUCUAUAUUUUACCAGCAUUAAAUAAUUUUCUGCUCUUUUUCAAAAGCAUAAUAAUUUUUUUAAAAAGAUUAAUAAUUUAAAAUUUAUUACUGAAGACACAUGUAAUUAUUCUCAUAUUGUUAAUUAUUUGCAUAUGAUUAGACUAUACUAGCCUUAAGAAAGUGAUUUUGUAGGAUAAAUUAGGCUCAUAAGAAAUGAGAAGAAGAUAGCCUUUUCUCCGACUUUUGAAGAAUGGAAAAAGGCUAUAUAGGAUAUAGAGGAUGAAAUGUAUGAAUAGAUGAUUAGUAUUAGAUGCAUGAGAACAAAUGAAAUAGGUCUUAGUAGACCAUCUAAGACACUAUGUUUGUUUGAUUAGAAAGACUAAGAAAAAGAUGAAAUAGAAUCUAUGUUUGAAAAUACAAUUAAUGAGACUUUCACUAUUAUGGAAAUGUUUUAAAAAAAAGUUAACGAAUUCGAAUAUUUGCUUGAUAUAUCAGGCGAUUCUGUUCGAAAAAAAUUUGCAAAAAAGAAUAAUUUUAAGGACUUUGAACACCUUUUAUAAAAACUCAGAAAAAGUAAAGAUGAGUUUGAUAAUGUUUUAAUUGGUGAUAAAGUUAUGUUGGGAAAUUUUACAGUAGAAUGUGCUGAUUUUAGAAAAUAUGUCGAGGAAAGGAUUAAAUUAGCAUCAAAGGUUGUUUAUGAAAUUUUGAUGAAUAAAAUAAAUGAUGAAAAUAGUAAAAUGGAAAAUGAAAUAGAAAAUAUUAUCUUAAAGCUGAAAAAAAUGCCAGAAAACAUUGAAGAAAUGGAUUAAUUAAGAAAAUAUUGCAACAUAACUUUGGUAAAUGAAUUAGCAGAGAUAAAAGCAAGAAUAGAUUAAGUCAUGGACAGAAUGAAUCUACUUGAAUACAUGUAUUUUAAAAUCUCAUUUGAAGAUUUUGCAAAAUGCUGGAGUAUAUAUGGAAUGCCUCUUAAGCUUAAUAAGAAGAAGAAAAAGUGUUUAUAAAAAAUGUUGGUCCUCGAAAAAAGCUUUUCUGAUGAUCUCCUUUUUUAUUAACAUGAACUUGUAGAGGAAAUAAAGCAAAUUAAAGCAACUUUGGAGCUUCUUUAAAAAGAAUCUUAAAUAGAAGAAACUGAUUCUAUUAGUUUUAAAUUUGCAGAACUAGGAGACAGGAUUGAUAAAGCAUAGUAAGAUGCAGAUAUAAUCAAUAGAAGAGAAGAUAUUUUGAAAUGGUUAAAAACUGAUUUCUAAAUCAUAACAAAUAUUCACAAAGAGUAUUUCCCUUAUAAUAGGGUUUGGCAACUUUCUAAAGACUAUUCGUUUAAAAUUCCAAAUAUCAUGGAAGGUCCUUUGUCAUCAAUUAAUAGAGAAGAUGUUUGUUCUGAUAUUAUUGAUUCAUGGAAUGAGCUUUACAAAAUGGAGAAGGGCGUUUUUAAGAAUAUUCCUCACAUAAAAAUGCUUUGUUAGCAAGUAAGAUAGAAGUAUGAAGACUUCAAACCUAACCUUCCUCUAAUCAUGGAUCUCAGAAAUCCUAAUUUAGAGAAGAGACACUGGGUAAAAAUAAACCAUCUUAUCAAAGAGCACAAUAAAAAGGUUGAAAGAAAAUAACUGUAAAUCAGAGUUGAGUUUGAUGAAGACUUAAACAUAAAUUUAAAAACCCUUUUAGAAAAUAAUAUUCAGUUUAUUUAGGAUGACAUACGAGAGAUUUCUGAAAUUGCAUCUAAAGAAAAAGGAUUUGAAAAGAUUUUGAACAAAAUGAAAUCAGAAUGGAAACCUAUCAGACUCUAAAUCUUUCCUUAUAAAGACACAGGUACUUUUGUACUUCGUGGUGUCGAGCCUAUCUUAGACAGGCUAGAUGAAGAUAUUUCUAAAACUAACAGCAUAGCUGCUUCUCCUUUUGUUAAGUUCUUUGAAAACGAAGUUAAUUAUUGGAGAACCAUUCUUUACAAAAUGCAAGAAACUAUCGAAACUUGGUGUAAAGUUUAAAAAAUGUGGUAAUAUCUCUAGCCAAUAUUUUUUAGCGAAGAAAUCAUUUAAGAAAUGCCUCGUGAAGGAGGUAAGUAUGAAUUUGUUGAUAAAAUGUGGCGUUCCAUCAUGCUUACAACUACCUAAAUACCAAAUUGUAUGGAAGCUUGCUCCCAAAGCAGGUUAAAAGAAAACUUUUAAAUGAUGAUUGAAAAUCUUGAAAGUGUAAUUAAGGGUUUAAAUGAUUUUUUAAAUAAAAAACGUGAAGCAUAUCCUAGAUUCUAUUUUCUUUCAAAUGAUGAACUAUUACAAAUUCUUGCCCAAUCUAGAGAUCCUUAAGCAGUAUAGCCUCACUUACCUAAAUGCUUUGAAGGAAUAUAUCGUCUAAAGUUUAUACCAAUAACACUUCCAGAAGGAAUAAGUUCAUCAAAUAUAACACAUAUGAUAUCGAAAGAGGGUGAAUAAGUAGAGUUUUUAAACCUGAUAAAUCCUUUUUAUUUUAAGAAGCCAAAAGCUGUAGAUACUAAUAAACUUUAAGAAAAGGCAUAAAAUAAAUAAAUUGCUUUUAAAUAAGAAACAGAUGAUAUUUAAGAUUAAGAAUAAAAAGCAGAAUAAGUUAUUAUUCAAGAAACUCCUAAACUAAUUGCUAGAGGUGUUGAAGAUUGGCUCCCUGAACUAGAAAAUAAUAUGAGGGAAACUAUGAUGGAUCUAUUCAAAAAUUGCUUAAAAGAACACAGUACUCUCUAGCCAGGACAAAAGAAUAAUUGGCUAUUUAAAUGGCCCUCUCAAGUUAUAAUAGUUUCAGAUUAAACUUUAUGGACUUCAAGUGCAACAGAGGCUAUAAUUGGUCUCGAAGAAAAUCCUUAAUCUCUUGUUAAAUUCUUUAAUUAGUUAUAAGAAGAUCUACUUGAUAUUGUUUCUUUAGUAAGAAAUUCAAAUAUUGAAAAUAUUCACAGAAUUAUGCUUGGAGUGAUGAUAGUUACUAAUGUGCAUUAAAAAGAUAUUAUAAAAUCCUUAAAAGAUGUUUCAAAUGUUAAGUUGAAUACAGAGUCAUUUGAAUGGCUUCAACAUUUAAGGUACUAUCAAGUUGAAAAGAAGAUCAAGAAUCAGAAUACUGACAAUUUAGAAGUAAGGAUGGUUAACAAUAGUAGGACUUAUGGAUGGGAAUAUUUAGGAAACUAAGGAAGACUUGUUAUUACCCCUUUAACAGACAGAUGUUACAGAACUCUUAUGUCUGCUCUUUAACAAAAUUUAGGAGGUGCUCCAGAGGGGCCAGCUGGAACAGGUAAAACUGAAACAACAAAAGAUCUAGCAAAAGCUAUUGCAAAGCAUUGCGUAGUAUUUAAUUGUUCUGAUGCUCUUGAUUAUAUAGCUAUGGGUAAAUUUUUUAAAGGUUUGUGUAGUUGUGGAAGUUGGGCAUGCUUUGAUGAGUUCAAUCGUAUUGAACUUGAAGUUCUCUCUGUUAUUGCAUAAUAAAUCUUAACAAUUUAAACAGCCAUUUAUAAACUAAGUUUAGCUAGAGUCGUCAACAAUAACCCUACCUUUAAUUUUGAGGGAUAAAAUAUACCUUUAGACAGUAGUUGUGCUAUCUUUAUUACUAUGAAUCCAGGAUAUCAAGGCAGAAGUGAAUUGCCAGAUAAUCUCAAAGCUUUAUUUAGGCCUGUAGCUAUGAUGAUUCCAAAUUAUACUAUGAUUACAGAGAUUUCUCUUUAUUCUUAUGGCUUUUAAUAUGCGAGAGAAUUAGCUAUUAAAAUUACCUAUUCUUUAAAGCUUGCUAGUGAGUAGUUAUCAACUUAAAGUCACUAUGAUUUUGGUAUGAGAGCUGUUAAAUCUAUUAUUUUAGCUGCAGGUACUUUGAAAAGGACUAUGGACGCAGACGAAGAUGAGUAUUAUUUGAUACUUAAAGCAAUUAGAGAUUGCAACAUCCCUAAAUUUACUCAUAAAGAUGUUCCCCUUUUUGAAGCAAUUUUACAAGAUCUUUUCCCAACAACUUAAUUCAAAGUUGGACAAUAUGAGUUACUUCAUCAUGCUAUUAAAAAAAUAUCUGAAACCAACAAUUUAGUUCUUUACGACAGGUUUUAUCAAAAGAUCAUUGAGCUAUUUGAAACAAUAUAAGUUAGACAUGGUCUUAUGAUAGUUGGAGGAGCUUUAGGAGGCAAAUCAUCGAUAUUAAAAGUUUUAGGUGAUUCUAUUGAACUCUCAAAUAAGGAAGAAUACUUGAAGUAGCACCCUGAAAUAGUUGAACUUAUGCAUAAAUUGUAAAAAGAGGAAGAAGAGAGAGAAUUAGCAUAUAAAAAUUUGAGUCAAAUAGAGAAAAGGAGGUUAGCUAGACAGUAAACAGGAAUAGAUCUUGCACCAAAAUAAGAAAUCGUUCUUGAAUAUGAUAGAGUUAAAAAAUUCUUUAUAAAUCCUAAAUCUAUUUCUGGUUAAAUGCUGUUCGGAGAUGUUGAAGAAGCUUCAGGCGAAUGGCAUGAUGGUAUAACUGCUCUAACUUUUAGAUAAUGUUAAGAAGAAGAUUCUAAUCAUUAUAAAUGGGUUGUUUUUGAUGGACCCGUCGACGCACUUUGGAUUGAAAAUAUGAAUACAGUAUUGGAUGAUAAUAAGAAAUUAUGUUUGACGAAUGGUGAAACUAUCCCUUUAGCAAAUAAAAUGUCAAUAAUGUUUGAAGUAGAAAAUCUAUACGAGGCUUCACCUGCUACUGUGAGUAGAUGUGGUAUGGUUUACCUAGAAUAAUAGGACCUUAAAUGGGAAGUUUUUUACACUUGUUGGUAUAACAACUUAACAGGUAAUUUGUAAGGAGAGGAGUAAAAUCAAUUUUACCAUAGUCUUUUAGAAGAAUUACUGAAGCCAGCCAUUGAGUACUUACUCAAGAAAAAAACUCCUCUUCCUGUAACUCCUUAAUGGGCAGCUAUGAAUUUCCUAAAAAUGUUUGAAGGGUUCCUUCUUAAGAAAAAGAAUAAGGCUUAAACAAUUGAAGCAUUAAAAUAUGAAUAAGAACAGUAAAUUUCAAGAGAAAAAGCUGCACUUUUAGAAGGAAAAGAAUUACAAGCAAAGAAAAAAACUUUUAGUGAUAAAGAAAAAAGUGAAGUUUUUUCUAAAUUUUUGAUGGCUAUGAUAUGGUCUUGUGGAGGUUUACUUUUAGAAGAAGAGAGAGACCAGUUUUCUUUAGUUUUACAUAAUUUAAUUAAAAUUUACAUAUAAAAAGAAAAAGAUAUUAUAAAAUCUACUUUACCUAAUGAAAAAGAAAACCUCUUCGAUUAAAGAUUUUUCUCAUAAAAAAUGAAUUGGAAUUUAUGGAAAGUAGGUGGCUAAUACAAAAUACCACCAGAGAUUUAAUUUUAUGAAAUUUUUAUUCCAACCACUGAUUCAAUUAGAUACACAUAUUUGCUAAAGUCACUCCUUUUGCAUAAUACUUCUACUCUCUUCCUUGGUAAAACAGGAACAGGAAAAACAGCAAUUCAUAAAAGGCUUCUUUUAAAUGAUUUGGAUCCUGAUUCUUUUAUUACUACAAUAACAGCAUUUAGUGCGAAUAUUCCUGUUAAUCAAGUUUAAGAUGUUUUAGAGAGUAAGCUUGAAAAGCAAAAAAGAAAAAAAGGAGUAUAUGGUCCUUUGAUAGGAAGGAUUAACAUAAUCUUUGUUGAUGAUAUAAACAUGCCUAAUAAAGAAUACUAUGGCGCUCAGCCGCCGUUAGAAUUAAUUAGAUAAUACUUUACCUAUGGAGGUUGGUAUGAUAGGAAAGCAUUAGAAUUUAAUUAAAUUGUUGAUAUCUAAAUAACUGCAGCCAUGGGAAUGGGUAGAGCUAGUAUAUCUGACAGAUUACUUAGACAUUUCCAUUUAAUAUAUUUAAAUCCUACUGACUCAAAUACUUUGUUUUUUAUGACUUAAAAAAUUUUGGAAUGGGGUUUCAGGGAACAUAUAGAUAAAAUUAAGUUUAUGACAUAAAAUUUAUCCAAUCUAUGCUUAUAAGUACAUAAACAAAUUGAAAAAACUUUUUUACCACUCCCUUCAAAAUCACAUUAUUUAUUCAAUUUUCGUGAUCUCAUGAAUGUUUUAUAAGGAGUUCUUGAAGUUCCUGGAAGCAAAUAUGAAGCAACAGGAGAUUAUCAAGGAUAAAUUCUUCGUUUAUGGCUAUUUGAGACUAAUUGUGUGUAUAAAGACAGACUUAUAGAAAAAAAGGACAUUUUUAAAUAUGACUCAAUUAUUAAAGAAAAUCUUGAAAUAUAUUUUAAAACAUCUGUUGAUAAAAUUAUGUUUGAUUUCAAAGGUGAACCAAUUAAAGAUUUGUUGUUUGGUAAUUUUAAGCCUGAUAACGUUUAUUAAGAAUUAAAUAUGGAUUAAAAUACAAUAAGAAAACUCAUUUAAGAUCACAUAGAUAGCUAUAAUAGAAUUAAUAAUUAGAAAAUUAACAUAGUAGUUUUUCAUGAUGCUAUUCAACUUUUAUCAAAAAUCAAUAGAAUAAUAAAUUAAACAUUUUCUCAUGCCUUACUGAUUGGCCUAGGAGGUUCAGGCGCCCAUACUUUAACAAGACUUGCUACAUUCAUAUCUGGAUACACUAUUUAAGAAAUAGAAGGAGAAAAAAGUCUAUCUAUUGAUGACUGGAAAGAUUAAAUGAGAUAGCUACUUAAAAAUAUUGUGAUGAAAGAAUAAAGAUCUGUGUUGCUGUUGUCUGACAGUUAAUUUGAUUCAGAGUUAUAUUUUGAAGACAUCAACAAUCUUCUUAACCUUGGUGAAAUUCCUAACUUAUUCUAAGGUGAAGAAAGGGAAAAUAUGAUAUCAGAUCUCAAGGAUCAUUUAUAGAAAUAUAAAAUAAAUUUGAAUAGUAUGCAGCUGUGGGAACAUUUUGUAGGAAAAUGCAGAUUAAAUUUACACAUCACACUUUGUAUGAGUCCUGUUGGCGAUAAACUUAGAAAUAGGAUUAGAAAUUUCCCUUCUCUUGUAAAUUGUAGUUCAAUUAUUUGGGUGCAACCAUGGUCUGAAUCAUCUUUGAAAGAUGUUGCAAAUUAAUAUCUUAAUACAAAUAAAGAAGUUCUAUAGCUUGAUGAGGCUAAAGCACAAAGUGUUUCAAAUUUAUUCCUUUACUUUCAUAAAUCUGUAGAAUAAAUAGCUAUUGAGUAUCACUAAACUACAAAUUAACACUACUAUGUUACUCCUAGCAGUUAUCUAAAAUUACUAAACAACUUUAGUGAUAUAUAUUAAAAAUAGUUGCUUUCUCUGUUAAGGAAAAAAGAUAUGUAUGAAAAUGGUGUUAAGAAAUUAGAUUUAUGCACAGAAGUUGUCGAACAGAUGAAAAAAGAACUUUAAGAUUUAUAGCCUAUUUUAGUUAUUAAAACAAAAGAAACUGAAAAUAUUAUGGUAGAAGUAGAAGAAGAGAAUGUCUAAGCAGAAUUAUAAAGAGAAAUUGUUUAAAAGGAUGAAAUUUAAACUAAAGAAAAGGCUGAUAUUGCAUAAGCAAUUUAAGAAUAGUGCAAAGAAAAACUUUCACUUGCUGAGCCUUAGCUUAAAGAAGCUCUUACCGCUUUAAAAACAUUAAAAAAGGAAGAUUUUAUAGAAAUGAAAAGUUUCUAAAAACCACCUGCCUUAAUUAAAAUUACUAUGGAUGCAGUUUGUAUCUUGCUUGGUGUUAAAGGAAAAAAAGGAUAAGACAAGCAAAGUAUUGACUACUGGGAGGAAUCUAAAAAACUCUUAAGCGAGCCUAUUUUAUUUAUUAGAAAAUUGGAGAAAUAUGAAAAAGAUAACAUUCCUGAUUUAGUCAUUUAGAAAAUGAAAUAAUUCUUAAGUGAAAAUUCAAAUUUCAAACCUCAAAUUAUUGCUAAAGCAUCUAAAGCUGCUGAAGGUUUAUGUAAAUGGGCUAACUCUAUCUACGAAUAUCAUUUUGUUUUUAAAUCAAUUCUGCCUUUAAGAGAAGAUUUAGAUAGGGCUAAUUAAGCCUUAGAAAGUGCUUAAAAGCUGCUUGAAAAAAAGAGAUAGCUACUUCAGUAAGUAGAAGAAAAAUGCUUUGAAUUAAGGAUUAAAUUAGAUAGUGUAGUCAAAGAAAAAUAAAGAUUAAUUGAUUCAAUUAAAGAGUGCUAAGUCAAACUUGACAGAGCACUUGAUUUAACUCAAGGACUCUCAGUAGAAAAAAUAAGAUGGAGUGAGAGUUCUAAAAAGCUAAAACUUGAUAUAGAUAACUUCUUGGGAGAUAUGCUUAUUGCUGUGGGUGCAGUUUCUUAUUUUGGACCUCUCUCUGGUGAGUUUAGAAAGAGAAUUGUAAGUGAAAAGUGGAAGCCAAAAAUAUUAGAAUAAAACAUUGUCUGCUCUUCAAUAUUUUCUCUUUUAAAGUGUUUAGGAGAUCCUUUAUAAGCAUAGGAAUGGGUUAUACAUGGUUUACCUUUUGACGAAACCUCAUAAGAAAAUAUUAUCAUCAUGAAUAAUUCAAGAAACUAUCCUCUAUUUUUAGAUCCUCAAAAGCAGGCAAUCAGAUUUUUGAGAAAGUAUGAGUCUAGAAAGGAUGAGAAAAAUCUCUCUGUUUGCAAGCCUAAAAAGUAGAUAUAAAAGGCUAUUGAAAUGGCUAUUAGGAUGGGAUAAGUCUUAAUAAUAGAUGGCGUUGAUGACUAAAUUGAACCAAUAUUAAAACAAAUUCUUGAUAAAAAUAUUAUUGUUUCAGGAGGAUAAAAGCAAUUUUAAAUUGGUUAAGUUUUCAUAGAUUAUAAUGAAAAUUUCAGAUUUUGCUUAGUUAAUUAUUAAUAGAAUCCUCAUUACACUCCAGACCUACUAUCAAAGGUUUGUCUUCUUAAUUUCAAGAUUACACCUGAUGCUAUGAAAGAUCAAAUGAUUUCAAUUUUAAUGAAAGAAGAAGAACCUGCUUUGGAAGAGGAAAAAAUCAGAUUGAUGCAGGAAAAUAAAGAAAAUUAAGAAAAUUUAGCAAAUAUCGAAAAAGAAAUUUUGAGAUUAUUAAAUACAACUGAUGGCAAUAAGAUGCUUGAUGAUGAACAGUUGAUUAUAUCAUUAAAGUAAUCGAAACAAUUUGCAGAAGAUGUUCAAUAAAGAAUUAAAGAAUCAAGGUUUACUGAGGAAAAAAUUAGAAAUGCGAGAUUCAAUUUUGAGUAAACAGCAGAACUUGCUAGUAAUAUAUUUUUCACUAUCCAAAAACUCCAUAAAUUAAAUCCAAUGUAUCAAUUUUCUCUAGAAUUCUUCAUUAAGGUAUUUAAAAAAUCAAUUAAAAAAGCCGAGAAACCCUAAAUAAAAAAUCCAAAAAAUAAAACAAAUUGCCUUAAUGAUAGUUUGAAAAAGUAAGUUUACUAUGAUAUGAAUAGAUCUAUCUUUGUAAAGCAUAAGCUUCUCUUUUCAUUUUUAUUAACUCUAACAGUCAUUGAAACUAAUGAAGCACUUAAUAUUAAUGAUUAUCAUUACUUCUUAAGUGGAAUAGUAGAGGAAAAAUUAUAAAACAUUGAUAACCCAGAACCUUCAAAAAUAUCAGAAAAAUAAUGGAAUAGUAUUUUGGAACUUUCGACUUUAGACUCAUUUAAAAAUAUUGCAUAGUUUAUAUGUAGAAAACCAGAUUCUUGGAUCAAGUUUAUAUAAGCUCCUGAUUUAAAUAUGCCUGAACCUUUUUCUAAAGUACCGAAUUUCGCUAAGCUCGUUUUAGUUAAAUCACUACGUCCAGAUUUUUUUGCAGAAUUCCUUAAAGAGUUUAUCAAAACUGAAAUGGGUUCUUAUUUCAUAGAAAAUGUAUAAAUCAGUAUAUAAGAUACUCAUUAAGAGUCUAUUCCAGAGCAACCUAUUUUAUUUGUCCUUUCUCCAGGUGAUAAUCCAUAGGAAGAGCUUAAAAAAUUUGCUUAGGAUUGUGGAAAAUACUUAACGUUUAUUUCUCUUGGUAAAGGUUAAGGAUAGAUAGCAGAAGAGAGUAUUUAAGAUUGCAUAUAAGCUGGAAGCUGGUGUAUUUUAUAGAAUUGCCAUCUUGCAAUUAGUUGGCUUCCUCGAUUAGAAGAGAUCGUUGAAGAUAUUUCUUUAAACUUAAAGAAAGACUAUUAAAAGUUUAAUCCCGAUUUUAGACUGUGGUUAACUUCUAUGCCUACUGAAAAAUUUCCUUCUUAUUUAGUUUAGGACUCUAUUAAAAUUACUAAAGAUCCUCCAAGAGGUAUAAAAGCAAAUAUUUAACAGCUUUAUGAAAAUUAAACUGGAACAAAAGAUGAUAGAAAAUAUUAUGAAUCAGUAGAAAAACCUGAAUGGAGAGUAAUUUUCUUGAGUUUAUCAUUCUUCCAUGCAAUUGUUAGGGAAAGAAGAAGAUAUGGUCCUGUAGGAUGGAAUGUCAAUUAUGAUUUUAAUGAGUCUGAUUUUAAGAUCUCAGUUCGUUAAUUAAAAAUAAUGAUCGAAACAUACCCUAUGAUUCCAUUUAAUGCUUUGAGUUAUUUAAUUGCUGAAUGCUAUUAUGGUGGAAAAGUCACAGAUGAUUGGGAUAGAAGAUUAAUUAAAUCUUUACUUAAUUCGUUUAUAAAUGAGGAAAUGAUCUAUGGUAACUAUAAUUUUUCAGAAGUUAAAGAGUAUACUAUCCCUGAAGAAGAGUAGAUAAAAAAUCUAGAUGAUACUAUAAAUUUCAUAAAUCAAAUGCCAGAUUUAUACUAACCUGAACUAUAUGGACUCAAUUCGAAUGCAGCUAUUACUUCAGCUACUCUAGAAACUAAUAGAAUUAUAUAAGAUACUAUUUUAGCUAGGGGUUCUGGGAUAGGAUAAAAAAAGAAGGAGAGCAAUAAUGAAAGUUAAGGACAAAAUGAGUCAAAACUAUUACAAGAACGUGCAAAUACCAUUUUGCAGUAAACACCUGAAGAAUUUGAUAUAGAUAUAGCAAGAUAGAGAUUCUAAAUAAAUUACUACGAAAGCAUGAACACUGUCUUAAUUCAAGAGCUGCUCAGAUAUAAUACUCUACUUGGUAUAAUCAAAAAAUCUCUUAAAGAUUUAAUUAAGGCUAGUGAUGGUAUUAUUGUUAUGACUUCUCAAAUAGAUUCAUUUGCAGAGUCUAUAAAUAACAAUAAAAUACCUGAUAUGUGGAAAAGUAAAAGCUAUCCUUCAUUGAAACCAUUGCUAUCUUACCACAAAGAUCUUUGCAAAAGAAUAGAAAUGUUUAAAAAUUGGCUUAAAGAUGGAAUUCCAAAGGUCUUUUGGCUAUCUGGAUUUUAUUUUACAUAAAGUUUCUUCACAGGAGUUAAAUAAAAUUAUGCAAGAAAAAAUAAAAUUCCAAUAGAUGAAAUAGAUUUUAAAUUUGAUUUUAUUGAUCCUAGAGAUUUAAAUAAAAAGUAAAUGAAGGAUGUUGGUUGCUUAACUAAUGGCUUGUUCUUAGAAGGAGGUAGAUGGAAUUUCACUAGCUAAUGUAUAGAUGAAGCAGAACCAAAAUAACUAUUUAGUGACAUGCCAAUAGUUCAUUUUAUUCCACAUCAAUUAACUGAAUAUGAAAUCAAUUAAAAGCAAAACUAAACUUAGUCAAAUAACAAAAGUAGCUUCUAUGAGUGUCCUCUUUACAAAACAAGCGAAAGAAAGGGCCAAUUAUCAACAACAGGUCAUUCAACUAAUUUCAUAUUAUCAAUUUUACUACCUACAAAUAAGAACUAAGAUCAUUGGAUUAAAAGAGGUCUUGCCCUUCUAACUUAGCUAGACGAUUGA